UUCAAUUGUUUUCCCUGCGGAAGCUGGAGUCACAGAGCUCUGAGGGUGAAAGCUUCGAAUUCUUAUUUCUAAGGUUUUCUCCGGGCAAACUUUUAUAUAUGAAUUCAUGAUGAAGAAGAUCGGGUUUUCCGGUAUCAAGAGCUUGGAUCAGUUCAGAUCCUUGUCAGGAUCGGUUUCAGGAUCCGCGAAGACCGUUCCUAUAUAUUCAAGGUCGUCUUCGGAUUCAAUUUCGUCGGGGAAUUUUUCCAACUUGAAGCUCACUGCAGAGAAAUUGGUUAAAGAACAAGCCUCCGUGAAAACCGAUCUUGAAAUGGCGAACUCAAAGCUGAAGAAAACAGAAGAGCAUAUUCAUGAGCUAGAGGAGAAGUUGCAGAAUGCAAUCAAUGAAAAUGCAAAACUCAAAGUGAAGCAAAAAGAAGAUGCGAAGCUUUGGACAGGACUGGAGUCAAAGUUUUCUUCAACCAAGGUCUUAUGUGAUCAACUCACUGAAACUUUAAAGCACUUAGCUGGCCGAGUUCAGGAAGCUGAGCAAGAUAAAAGGUUCUUUGAGGAUAAACUAUCUGCAAGUUCAGAAGCUUUUGAUAGUCUACACCUCCAGAUGAAUGAUCUGUCUGCAAAAUUAGAGUCCGCAGAAGAAACUAUUAGAAACAUGGAACAAGAAUUGACAGAAGCCAAAAUUGAGGAGGAGAAAAGGGAAAGAACUUACAGGGAUGAAAAUUGCAAAACUACCCAGCUCAUAAAGGAUAAAGAUGCUCUGAUUGAAAGGUUAGAAGCAACUUUGGCAACUGAUAAGUUGAGUAUAGAAAGUCUUAAUUCUCAGUUGGAAGAGAUGCGUCUUGAGCUAAGUUCAAAACAACAUGAAUACAAUUGUUUGAUUGCUAAUCAGGAGAAUUUGGAAAAAGAAAAGAAUGCUCUUCAGUCUAACAAUGAGGGCUUGGUUAAAAAAUUGCUUACAGCAGGCCAAGACAUAAAACACCUUGAACAUUUAGUUCAUGUUUCACAGAAAGAGCUAAUUGAAUUGGAUAAACAAAGUGCAGCUGUUGCCAACAAUAUUGCCCAGUUAAACUCUGCAUUUGACACUUGGGAUAAGUUGGUUCAAGAAGAGAAGUUUUUAGCUGCCAAGCAUGCUCAGUGCCGAUUUGAUCAACUUCAUGACCAAUUUCUGCACAUUGCAGCAGAAAAAGAUGCACUUAAAUUGGAAAAGGAAGAUUUGAACAAUAAGGUCAUUGAUCUGCAAAAAGUGCAGGAAUUUAUGAUGGUGCAGCAUGCUGAAGAAUGCCGUUUAGCAGAAGAGAAAGUCUGGAAAUUGGAGUCUGAAGUAGAAACUCUUGUUUCAAAGAAGACUGAAUUGGAGAUUUUGGUUACCAGAUCAGAAGAGAAAAUUGAAAAACUGACAGAAAUGUCAAGCUUAUCAGAGAUUAAAACGAAAGAUCUAUUAGUUAAGAUUUCUAAGUUAGAAUCCGAGAGCCAACUUCUUGAAGAGAAUCUGCAAGAAAAACUACAGGAGAAAGCAGAAGAAAUGGAAUCUCUUCAAAAUGAGAUAGUGAAGCAUGUGCAGCAUGUUGGUUUACUGGAGAAACAAGUUGGCCAACUUCAGAACAGUUUAGAUGAGAAGGAAGAGCUACAUCUGCAACAUAAAGACAGAGAGAAACAGCUGGAAGAUCAAAAAACAGAGAUUCAAUCAGUUCUAGCAGCAUCUGAAAGCAAACUUGCAGAAGCCAAAAAGCAAUAUGAUCUGAUGCUAGAAAGCAAACAAUCAGAAUUAUCAAAGCAUCUAAAGGAAAUUUCUCAGAGGAAUGAUCAGGCAAUUAAUGAUAUCCGGAAGAAGUACGAGGCGGAGAAACUGGAGAUUGUUAAUCUUGAAAAGCAAAAGGCAGACAGACUUAUUGGAGAAAUGGAAAGAAAAUGUGACCAAAAAGUUGCAGAAAGCAAAGAAGAAGCAAAGCAAUAUCUAACUCAUGUUCAGGAGGAACAUGUUGCUUUGAUUAAUCAUAUCAAACAAGAGCAUGAUAAAAUUCUGUUGAGUCUUAGAGCUGAACACAAUGAAGAGCUAAAACAAGUUGAGCUUAAAGUUGAAAAUGAAAUGAAGGAAAAAACUAUGUUGAUGAGGAAGGAGCAUGAAGCUCAGAUUAGAGAUUUGAGGCAUAAUCAUGAAGAUGAAUGUAGAAAACUAAAAGAGGAACUGGAACUCCAAAAGUCAAAGGAAGAAAGGCAAAGGGCAUUGUUGCAGUUACAGUGGAAAGUAAUGGAUGACAAUCCACAAGGGGAUCAUGAGGUCAACUCAAUGGAGAAGUAUUCCAUCUCAUCAAUCAAAAUGGAGGAUGCGCAUGAUAGGAAAAGGAGUCGACAUGGCCCAAUAAUAUCAGAGUAUAAGGCGAAGGAUUCAUCUUUACUAAGAGCAACACAAACACCAAUGGCAAAUUUAUUGAAGAAAGUAGAUAAAGUGACUCCAGGAAGCAUAUUGAAUAUUCCUAAGCAUAGUAGGAAGGUCACUCACCAUGAGUAUGAAGUUGAAACCUCCGACAGAGGAAGAAUUACAAAACGCAGGAAAUCAAAAAGCACAGUCUUGUUUGGGGGCCCAAUGAAACAUAAGACUACCGAUACACCAAAAACCAAGAGCAGAAAAGAUGUUGUAAAGGUAAUCAAGGGUGGUCCUGAUUCACGCCCUUCAGCAAUAGGUGACUUGUUUACGGAGGGGUCUUUGAAUCCUUAUGCAGACGAUCCUUAUGCAUUUGACUAGAGGUAUUUGCAAUUAGUUACAUGUAAUAACAGUCAUUUUUAGGUUAUUCAAAUAAGCAUGCACAUAAAAAGAGCUUUUGGCAUUUGUCUUUGUGAAUUGUUGGACCAAUGUGCUCUUCUUUUUUGAAACUGAAUUGUUGGUAUUGCCAAUACAAAUUGUUGAAUAAUCACUAGGGAGUGGGGGGCCUGGGGGCCCACAUCUUUAAAG